CGUGCAUACCCAUGUGCGUGCGUGCGUUUGAUUGGUUAUACCUGCUUGGAUAUCAGUUCUCUAGGUACCAUUCUAUGGUUGAAGACGGAGAUCCUUCUCCAUUAUCUUUACCUCCUUAAUGCCAAGCGUUAGGGGAACAUGAAGUACCAUCGUCUUUUGGUGUAAGGCGGCCAGGAACCAAACCACAGACCUUCGACUCACCUGGCAGACACUUUGUCCACUAGACUACGAAGGCAGCCAUCUUUCACUGGAUGUCUGUUUAUAUGUACAACAAAGGGGGUUUCCGGUUACUAAAGGGAGGUAAUCGCUGGUAACCUGCAGCUCACACAGGACCCCUUGUCAAGCAUCAUCACCAUCAUCUCCACCUGGAUGGAGCUGAGUCGUGGAGCAGCUUAACGCAAUGGAUGACAACAUGUUCUGAUGCGAAAUGUUUACCCUAGAUCAAUGCAACGUAUUGAAGAAAGUAGGAACGAAUGAAAGCAAACGGAUGAGUCUGAAAUUUCCACAAAAGCAUAAUGAAUAGGUAACAUUAACUUCGUUAUUGACAUUUCCUGGAAACCACAACGAAUCUCACAAUGAAUUCCACGUCUCAGGACCCCAUCCCUGCUGUCAGUAAUGUUGUCGUUGGGUUCAUUUCCUUGUCGAUGAUAAUCGGAACUGUCGGCAACUUGCUUGUCCUGUACGCCUUUAAGAAGGAAUCGUCAGCCUUCAACACCCUUCUCACAGUGCUAGGUGCCUUUGACCUACUGGCGUGCAUCUUCCACAUGCCGCUUGACCUGGCGUCUGUAUAUGACCCUGAGCGUCUACCCAACAUGAUCAUAUGUAAGAUGUCGUGUUUCAUGAUCGCCUUCACCGCCAUUGCUUCCGCUGUACUGCUAGUUUCUAUAGCAACGAUUCGUUACCAAGCCGUUUGUCGUCCCCAUUCGUCCAACAUGUCUGUAAAAUCUGCUAAGAUUAUUGGUGUUGUUGCUUUUUGCGUGGCCCUGACUCUAGCCUCCCCGUCGUCAUCAUGUUUGGAAUCACGGAACUGGAACUCGAUGACGGGAUCCAUAUUCUGCGGGGUUCAAAAUGCAUAUAUGAAAACCCGUUAUCCCUUGUCGUUCUACAUCGUGUUGGGAUCGCUCUUCCUGGUAAGUCUAGUCAUCCUUGCCGGUCUGUACAUUCUCACUGGAUGGGGACUCUGGACGAAAAGGAAAGCCUUUGCUGCAAGAAAUGUUUCAACCAAUCGAGUAAACCCAUUAUCCUUUGACAGAGACCUUCAGGGGGAUCGGGUCAUAACACCGAACACUUCAAACACGUUGGCCAGCACUAACCAGAAAGGGCUUGAGAACUCUCAGCAGGGUGGCCAGGACAAUUCACGAAAACUAACCGUCACAGUUAAUCGUAAUAGUGUUAUAGUGCCUCCAAACGAUAAGAAAACACGGUACGAGAGGAAGACACAGAAGACAUUCCUAAUGAUGUUCCUUGUAUCUAUCGUAUUUUUCCUCAGCUACACCCCACAUCUGUUCCUGGUCUUCUACUUCAUGGGUUUCAACAUGGCGGCGUUUCCGGCGCAUGCGCUGUCCCACUGGCACGUAGUAGCUAUGAGGUCCUUCUAUAUCAACAAUGUGGCAGAUCCAUUCAUCUAUGGCUUCUGCAGCCAAGACUUCAGGAAGAACAUUCAAACUAUUCCAACGAAAUUAAAAGCAAUAUGUUGUUCAAAAUAUUGAAUGGUGAAUGAAUUUAGAAAGAAUGUAUGAAUCGUCGUAAACUUCUUGUAGCAUGUGUUGAGGAUGUCAAUCCAACUGCGUUUGGUGCCGGAUGCUGGAUGCCGGACGAAGGAUGCCCAGCCUUGUUAUUUAAAGUUCCGGAUGCCGCAGUGGAGAACAUUUGAUGCCAUCAAUGUCUACCUAGCACCCAGACGCCACUAUUUCAAUGUUAAUAUUACGUCUCCGUCCUAUUUUGUUGUUUUGGGGUUUGAUUUGUUGUUAAACGCCGCACUCAGCAACAUUCUAGCUGUAUGUCGGUGGUCUGUAAAUAAUCCAAUCUGGACCACACAAUCGAGUGAUCAAAGCAUGAGCAUCAAUUUACGCUAUUUUGCUGUAGCAAAGUGAUGAAAAUAAAUCAAAUAUUUAUCCCCUUAUAAGCAGGUAUGUGAAAACACUUGUCUAAUUAACCGUAUGUGUACACUGAUAAAAAUGUAAAAAUGGAAGCCUGGAAACAUCAGGUGGUAAUCCGGACGCCGAGAAGUACAUGGGUGUUGACACCAAGAUGUGUUCUGGUGAUUGCAUGCGGUUGAGAAAAGAUAAGUGUAACAAUCAUGAUAAAUAUGUCCCCAGGUUUGGUAUUUAUCUUUGCUAUGUCUUCUGGGUUUGGAUCGUUAAAUACCUGACGUUACCAAACUUAAUAUUUCAACA